GGCUGAGUCCUGCUCUGUCUUGACAGCGCAGACACGACUGUCCAGCUUAUCAAGUGUGCAUUUAAAAAACUCAAAUAACAAUGGAGACAGUCUUGAGUGUCCUGGGCUUUGAGUGGCUGGACUUCAGGAGUGUUUUGGUAUUUCUGUGUGUUUUUCUGUUGCUGGCUGAUGUUUGGAAGAACAGAGUACCGGCAAACUUUCCUCCUGGACCCUGGGCUCUUCCUCUUAUCGGUGAUCUUCAUCGCAUCGACGCCAAGAGAAUCCACCUGCAGUUCACAGAGUUUGCAGAGAAAUAUGGGAACAUCUUCAGCCUCCGUAUCAUGGGUGGAAGGAUUGUGGUCAUUAACGGCUACAAGCAUGUGAGAGAGGCGCUGGUCCAGAAAGGAGACGACCUUGCAGAUCGCCCUGUCAUACCGUUGUUUGAUGAGUUCGUCAGGAACAGAGGUCUGGUGAUGUCGAAUGGCAAUCUGUGGAAGCAGCAGAGGAGAUUUGCUCUUCAUACGCUCAGAAACUUUGGGAUUGGCAAGAAGACGCUGGAGCCGUCCAUCCAGCAGGAGUGCCAUUAUCUCACUGAGGCUUUUGCUCUUCAUCAAGGCAAGCCUUUCAAUGCCCAGACACUGAUAAACAACGCUGUGUCCAACAUCAUCUGCUGCCUGGUGUUUGGUGAUCGCUCUGAGUACACCGACAAGCAGCACCAGGCUGUUCUUCAGCACUUCAAUGACGUAGUUACCUUGCAGGGGAGUGUGUGGGUACAGGUUUACAACUCAUUUCCCUGGCUGAUGUGGUGGCUGCCUGGACCUCACCAUACGAUAUUCAGUCUGGUACAAAAGAUAAUUGACUAUGUUGAAAUCAAAAUCAAAGAACACAGAGAAAGUUUCAACCCGUCCUCACCGAGAGACUACAUCGACUGCUUCCUCACAGAGAUGGGAGAGAAGGAGGACAAAGAUUCUGGUUUCGAUUUGAAGAAUUUGUGUUUUUGCACUCUGGACCUGUUUGGUGCUGGAACUGAAACGACCACCACUACUUUACACUGGGGAAUGCUGUACAUGGUCUACUACCCUGAAAUACAAGAGAGAGUCCAGGCAGAGAUAGACACUGUCGUUGGUUCAUCCAGACAACCUUCUAUGUCUGACAGAGAUGACAUGCCUUAUACUAAUGCAGUCGUCCAUGAAAUGCAGAGAAUGGCCAACAUCAUUCCCCUCGGUCUGGUCCACAUGGCCAGCAAGGACACCACGGUCGACAAGUACACAAUCCCAAAGGGCACAAUUGUCAUGGCCACAUUGAACUCUGUUCUACAUGAUGAGUCGAUGUGGGAAACUCCACAAACCUUCAACCCUCAACAUUUUCUGGACCAGGACGGCAAAUUUAGGAAGAGAGAAGCCUUCAUGCCUUUUUCAGCAGGGAAGCGCGUGUGUCUCGGGGAGCAGCUGGCCAGGAUGGAGUUAUUCCUCUUCUUCACCUCCAUCCUCCAGAGGUUUUCUCUCUCUGCACCUCCUGGAGAGCAGCCCACUCUGGAGUUCAAGUUAGGAGCCACUCGCUGUCCCAAACCUUACCGCCUCUGUGCCGUACCACGAUAAACCACCAGCUGUCCCGAACUGAACCAUCUGAACCGAAUCGCUGUGUCCCGCUACAUUUAUCUUGUAAUAUGUAAACAUCUGCUGUACUGUUCUUUCCUCAUCUUUUUCUUCUUUUAUCUAGUGUGAGAUAAACAUCAUUUCCAUGUUUUCGUUUUCUUAAUCAACAUGUCUUCUUAGAUUGUGAAUACAAUCUCAUGAUUUCAAAUAUGCAAUAAAUCCUAACAACAGGAUUUGGAUUUGUCAGAUUUGCUGAAACUGGAUAUGUGUGUAAAUAAAAGGUACUGAGAUUUCA